AUGGCUUGCCUCUUCGUCGUGACGGGCAAGAAGGGCGCCGUCUGCCGCGCCGGCGUCGAGCUCGACAGCGAGCGCCUCGUCGACGUCCCCAAGGGCGAGACGGUCUACGUCGUCGAAGCGUCUUCAUCGGCCUGCGGCGUCGCGCGCUUGCACGUCGCGUUCCCCGUCGACGGCUGGGUGAGCGCCAAGGUCGUCGGCCGCUGGUCGAGCCAGGCGAAGCGGACCAAGCACGGCCGCGACGGCGGCGGCCUCGGUUUCACCGUCGGCGAGCCGGCCGCGCUGUCGAAAUCGCGCUGGGACGCGCAGGAGCGGUGCGCGGGCGCGGGCGGCUUCGGCGGCGUCUUCCUCACGGCGAGCGAGUACCACUUCGUCGCGCCGGCCCGCGACGCCUGGGCCGAGGCCUACCUCGGCGCCGACGGCGCGCGCGACGCGCUCGCGCGAUGGUGCGUUGGCCUCGCGCCGCGCGUCCAGCCGUCGGACCGCGACGGCUACGUGGCGCUGCCGGCGCACCUCGACGAGCCCGGCGGCUUCACGCGCGUCGCCUGCCCGCUAAGCCAGCUCGGCGAGUGCGCGGACUCGAGCUGCAGCUGCUACCGGCCGUCGCGGCCGCGGUGCCGCGCGCAGUUUCGCGAUUUGGCGCGCGACCUCUGCUGCGAGCGGCUCGGGAGCGCGCCGGGUGCGCUCGACCGCGGGGGCGUCCUGCGCUACGCGUCCAUCGGCUCGGGCCUGCUGCUCAGCGACGCGGAGGUGCUCGGGGCGUUGAUCCGCGACGGCUUCGAGUUGCGGUCCGCGUGCGUCGUCGACACGUGCUACGCGCGCAACAAGCUGGCGCCGCGGACGGAGGCGGCGCUCCAGGAGUUCGCCAAUUUCGUCGGCGCGCCGGUCCACGUCUUCUCGUCCAUGGGCGCGCUCCGCGAGGCCGCGCUGCUGUGGCCGGGCGCCUUCGGGCGGUGCACGUUCUUCGCGAACAUCGACGCGGCCGUGCCCGACAAGGAUCUCGUGCGAUGCCGCGACGCCGUGCUCUCGCCGGGCGGCGUCGCGGCGCAGCUGAACAACCACGGCUCGAGCGGCCGGUCGUCGGCGAACGCGUGGGUCCGCGAGACGUCCGACGACAACUUCCUCGGCCGGGGCCGCGCCUGGCGCGCCGACGACGACGACGACGCGCCCUGGCGCGUCGCGGGCGCCGUGCCGGGCGCGUUCCGGCCGCGGCCGCGGCCCAAGUCCGACGACCUGGGCUUCCAGGUCUACGGCGGCGGCGGGCCGCUCGCGCCGGACGCGUCCGAGGUCCUCGCCUACGGCGCGCCCGGCGACAACCCCUGCCACGUGCGGGACCUCGCGCUCGGCGACGGCGACCCGCGGCUCCCGACGGCGGAGGCGACGCACGCGAGGCUCCGGCGGGACGCGGCGAAGGCGGGCGCCGCGCGGCUCUUCGCCGUCGUCGCGUCUUGCGCGCACGUCCGCGACGGCCCGCGCCUCGACGCCAAGGUCGUCGGCACGCUGCGCCGCGGCCACGAGGUCCUCGCCGUCGCCGACGCCGGUGCCGACGUCGCGGCCGCGAAGGCCGGCGCGUUCGCGGCGCAGGACCCGCGCUGGGUGCCCCUCGACGCGGCCGCGAACGCGCGCGCGCUCCUCGACAAGCUCAUCCCGACGCACGCGAGCUACGACGCUUCCGCCGUCGCCGACGCGCUCGCGUCCCGGGGCGCGCCGCGGCUCUGGAUGCUCACGCACGGCGCGCCGCUCGGCAUGGGGCCCCUCCUCGAGGAACUCGACGCCGACGCGCCCGACCCGGGCCGCCCGCGACCGCCGCCGGCGCAGCGCCAGCUUGAGCUCGUCUAA